CCCAGAUGUAGCUCUAUCUAGCCUAGCCAACAACAGGUUCGGAUGCUGCCAGCCGAAGCCGCAUGCACUCCUCACAUGCUCGUUGUCCUUUGGUGACUGACAACGACUGAAGCUACGGGUCGCUACCAGUACCUCAUUAAUCCUACCAAAAUGUACCGAGUUUUGUUGGUUUUUAUUUUCUUGCUGGGCAGAUGUGGAUUCCAGCCCUUUGGAGGCCUUGUGAGAGGGGAGAGAACACGGCAGCUUGUAAAUUUGCUUUAUCGCCAUGGUGACAGGACACCUAUCAACAUCUAUCCAUCUGAUCCACAUCGGGCAGAUACUUGGCCAGAAGGUCUUGGUCAGCUGACUACACUUGGUAUGGAGAUGCAUUACAAGCUGGGCCAGUGGUUGAGGAACCGCUACAUUGAUUCUGAAUUCUUGAAUGCUACAUACAACAGAGACUCUGUCCAUGUUCGAAGCACUGAUUCAGAUCGAACACUUAUGUCAGCUGAAUCUGAUUUAGCUGGAUUCUACCCACCCCAAGGAAGCCAAAUAUGGAAGCCAGGAUUUGAUUGGAUGCCAAUCCCGGUACACACCAUCCCAUUGGAUGAAGAUUAUCUCUUGAAGACAAAUGGACCACCAUGCCCGGUUUAUGAUGAAUUGAAGGCAAAAACGAAAUAUGAAAAAAAGUACAAAGAUUUGGAGGCUCAAUAUAAGGCAAGACAUACAUUGUACAUGUACAUGUACAUAACGUACCAAAAUUCAUUGAAGUGUUUCAUUGAUGUUCUGAUUGCAACUCCAACACCUUAUCAACCUUUUUUGCAAAUGCUUUUGACUUCACUUGGCGAAAAUUUAUAUAAUGGGUUUUGCCCUUACCCAACGUAUAUAUUAAUA